AUGCACGCUGAACCACACGAAAAGAAAAAGAUCCAGGUGCUGGACUCUGCAUUGAUUUGUCAUAUUGACGAAUCGGCCUUGUUUGAGGAACAGAGCGAGAGCUCCCACAAAUUAGCGGAUAUGGCGACAAAAGAGUUCCCAAAAAUGGCCUUUAUGUCACGUCCAAUGCAAGACGUAUUCUCUGAUGACUUUGCGAAAAACGCGGAUUUCAAGAAAGUUUUCAAAGCUAUUGCUGGAUCUAGCGAUUACGACUAUCUUGUACAGAUCAAUGAUCAAGAAGCAAUGCCUAGCUCAGAUGCGGAACGAGCAGUUAAGCUUAGAGAGCUAUUCGAUGGCAUUACCAAGAACACAGCAAAGGAGGAUCUCUACUGGCAUAUGAAAAUGACGAUGCUAGUGACGCUGGCAAAGAAAGAAGGAUGCUCAUACAUAUUUAUGGCGGAUUCAUCUACACAACAAGCAAUCAAGAUGAUCUCAAUGACCAGCAAGGGCCGUGGUUACAGUAUUCCAUUUGAUAUUGGUGUGGAGAAUGACAUGACCUUCCCCGACCUAGCCAUUCUCCGGCCUAUGAAGGACAUGCUUUCAAAAGAGAUUGGAUUAUACAACCGGUUUAUGGGAUUAGAGGAAUAUGUUAUUCCUCCAACAGAUUUCAACACUGGAAAGCCUGCAAAGAGCUCUAUCGAACGAUUAACUGAGGAAUUUAUUACCACCUUGGAUCGCGAUUUCCCAUCGACCGUUAGCACUAUAUCCAGAACCGCAUCAAAGCUGACGCCAUUGAAUGAUAUGGAUAUGAGUAAAAAGUGUGCCAUUUGUAGCAUGUAA